UUAUGAGAUUCUCAGAGAAAAACUCUUGAAAUCAUUGUCAGAUAUGGCUUGGUUGUCACUUUAUUCUGGUGCUGAAGUAUCUGGAGUAGAUCUUGAGUUCAUGUUGAUAACAGUUGUUCUCGUCCGCAGCUCAUUUCAUCACCAUGUCAAACACCUCGGCUCUGAGCCUGAACUCCAGCGUCUCUGGGUGGCGCCGUCCGCUCUGGUACCAGUAUGAAGUGUGUGCGGACGCUCCUCAUUGGUUCAUCUUCUACUUUGGUGUGAAAGUAUUGAACCUGGUUGCAGGCGUUCCCUUGAACGUGCUCGUGUUGUGGCAGAUUCUGAGGAAGAAGAGUGAAGGCUCGACGUCAGACGUCUUUAUUUUUAACCUCUCCAUCCUCGACGCCUAUUUCGGCCUCAUGACGCCGGUGGACAUGGCCAACCGUCUGUACUUCAAUGAUCCAUCUGUCUGGUACUCCCAGCGUUUCGCCUACGGACUCAAAGACGUGACUCCGUUGUUUCUCACCUGUAUUUGUCUGGACAGGUACAUCGCUGUGGUCCAUCCCAUCCUCUUCACAGGGAUCCGUGACACUCGCAUCCGGAUCGGCGUCUCGCUGCUGGUGUGGGGACUCAUCCUGGCCUACUCUCUGACCAAAUGCAUUUUAGGCAUCCUGAGCGUGACCGAGGUCUUCAGUGGAGUCAUCCUCUCGGCCUUCUUCAUCAUGGUCUUCUGCAACCUCUCCAUCAUCUGGGUCCUCAGGAAGAGUGUCGCAGGGAAAGAAGUCAUGAACCCGGUGAAGAAGAAGGCCUUUAAAAUGGUGCUUAUCAUCCUCGCCAUCAUCGUUGGGAACUAUCUGCCUCCCGUGGCUCUGAUGCCGUUUGCCUCCACCUUCUCGUUCAAGAAGCUGCAUUGUAAGGUUCUUCUCAGCGUCUUCUCCAUCAUGGACCUGAGCUGCACCAUCGAGCCCCUGCUCUACAUCUCUAAGAUGGAUCGAUCCACGUUCUGUCGAUGCCUGCAGAGUCCUUCCAAGAAACCCAUCACUGUGAGGGUCUGAAAUGAAAAACUGACUGAUUUUAUAGUGAUUUUAUAAGAUUGUAGACCUUUGGGUUGUCAUUGUAUCUUUUUAACCCAGUGGUUCUCAACUGGCGUCAUUAACAAA